AUGGUUGCUGCCACCAAGCCCACCGCCACCAAGGGUGCUAAGAAGACCCAGAAGGUCACCAAGAAGGUGUGUAUUGCUGAUGAGUUCCUUUUCACUCACGCGCGCAAUGCUGACAGAGAUGCGAAACAGUUCAUCAUCAACGCUUCCCAGCCCACCAACGACAAGAUCUUCGACCCUUCUGCCUUCACCACCUUCCUCCAGUCGCGUAUCAAGGUCGACGGCCUCACCGGCAACCUCGGCGAGCGCAUCACCGUCACCAACCUCAACGACGGCAAGAUCGAGGUCGUCGCCCACCAGGAGUUCUCCGGUCGCUACCUCAAGUACCUGACAAAGAAGUUCCUCAAGAAGCAGCAGCUCUGUGAUUGGCUCCGCGUCGUCUCCACCUCCAAGGGUGUCUACGAGCUCCGCUUCUACAACGUCGUUGGCGAGAACGAGGAGGAGGAUGACGAGUAA